AUGAAGCGGUCAUCUACUAAACCAGAAGAGACUUCACCCAAUCAAUCCAAACAUAACAAGCGUAGCAAUUACAAUAAAAACACAAAGGGAGCAAAGAAGAACAACAAAAGCAAAGAAACUAUUAGAACGGGAAAGAUUGGCAGCUUUCUGAGUCAGAAAUGGUCUGAUGAGCUUCUUCUUGGCAAUCUAUCGCUCUCGACUGUUCCAACUGUUGCAACUGAUGAUGCAGCAAUAGCAAACCUAGAUUGUAUUGCUCGUUUUCUUGCUGAUUAUAGGGCCAUGUUCACCUUGCAUGCUCAGGCCCAACAAGAAAGCAACAACGACCAUAUGUCGCCGCUUCAGCCUCAUUCUCGGACUGCACACUACAUUCCAACCAUUCAAGAAUUCGCUAGUACGCAAAUUGACCGCCAAUCGGCAGGGUUGCGAACUAACACAACCACCCAAACCACUGAUGGUAUGGCAAAGAUUGUCAAUGCCCAUACCCAAGCCUUGGAGGUGGCUAUGGAUCACGUCGAUUCCUUUCAAGCAACUCGAUUUGUUCGUGUUGCUCGUGCUGUUGAUGAUGACGAUAAUGGCAGCAAUACGGAUCACCUUGUUCCAUCAAAGCAAAGCCUGUGCCAAUGGCAUGGUAUUUUGUAUUCCUAUUCCUCCUCAAACAAGAAGCAAGCAUCACAAGCAUCAAAAAGUCAAGUUCACACCACAUCUACUGUAGCAAGACUGCCUCCACCAACACCCUUUCGAACAGGGAGGGUGAGAGCCGGGAGUACACACUUUUGCCCGCCUUCGGAGAUUGCUGACGAGUUUCAACAAUUCCGAAAGGGAAUGAUUAAUAUCUGCUAUCAGUGGGAAGAGCGAAUAUUCUCCAUGUCCAGCACAAUUGCUUCAUUGACCAAUAGGCUGUCUCCGCAACACGACUCUAUCUACUUUUCUGCGGGAGUGACGGCCAUGUUCUUGUACGGUAUUGUAGAUAUUCACAUGUUUUCGGACGGGAAUGGUCGACUGGCUCGAAUUGGAGCGAAUUGGAUGCUGAAACGAACCUUGGGAUUACCAUUCACUAUUGUCAUUGCGUCCAAUCCACAGCAACGAAGGGAAUAUAUCGAAGCUGUGCAAAAAGUACGAUCAGCCGUGAAGCAAGCGCAGGAAGAGAAACAGAAGAAAAACCAUUCGAAACCAAAGGCAAAGAGACCUGCACUUCCCAAAACUGGCAUCUUUGAGCCUCUUGCCCGUCUCCUUUUGGAUCGCAUGGCUCACGCCGUUCGAGAAUGCCAACGGAACGUCGAGGAGAAAUCGCGGGCGUCUUUGAUGGAAGAAGGGGAUCGGUUGGCUCGUCUGGCUCGAGAACGAAUGGCUUCAGGGGCAUGCGUCAUUUGCUUGGAUGAAAAUCCAAAUAUCGCGACUCUAUGCUGUGGUCAAGCAGUGCAUUUGAAUUGCUUCGCGGAGUGGUUGGCCAACCAUUCUACUUGCGUCUAUUGCCGGAAACCCUUCCAGUCGCUCCAGGUCCAACGGCCACUCCCACCACCACAGAGGGCUGCUGCUGCAGAAACAACCACUUACGAGACAACUACGGAUGAUAGUGACGAGGACGAAACAUCGACCAGCGAAACAACUACCCAUGACAACGAUGAGACUGAAACAACAACUAUUGAUGUUGAUGAAGACGAGACAUCCACUCAUGACACAACAGCAGAAGACACAACCACCUUUGACACCUCGGUAGACGAAAGUGUGACCGAAGACACAACGGAUGAAACAUUUGACGACACCUCCGAUGACUCAACCACAUCUCACGUGCACCAACACUCCGAACGAUGCGGGAGAUGCAACAACAAAGCAGCUGUAGACUGUGUUAAUCAAAUGUGCGGACGAUGUUGUGUCUUGGUUGGCGAAUAUCAGUGCCAUCGGCAUGGCACUGCGUAA